ACAGUAACUGCCGAUUUUUUUAGUAAGCGACACACCAAGGGACUUCUUACUGAGCAAUGAUAAGACUUUCUGACUGUUUUCUUACUAUUAUUAGUCAGCAGUUUAAUUGUAAUACAACAAAAAAACACUGUAGUGUAGAAGCGCAACAAAGUAUUUAAAUACCUACUUGAAGACAUUUUGUAUUGGCUGUUAAUGGUUUGGACUUAAAGUAUUAAAAAAUUGAAUUGAUUAAUAUUUGACUUUGAAUCUAAACGUCAGUCAGUCAGUAAUAACAUGUUAUCAUAUUUGGUAGUUUUUUGGCAAAUAAAUUUUAUGCGACUUAUCUUGAGAAAAGUUUAAAAAUGCAUUGAAAAAUAUUUUGUUAUAAACUCAAAGUUUUGCUAUGGGGAAAUGAUUGAAAACAAGGCAGUGUUUUUAAUAAACAGACUUUUGCCUAGACCAACAUCUUUGGCAUUAGUCAAAAAAUCGUAUAAGUGCAUCAACUAUAAUUCAGGACUAAUAACUUCCCCAUGCAAAACAAAAUACACCAACAAUUUGUAUUUAGACCAACAGAAGUUCCCACUAAAUUUCUCCCAGUUAGACACAAACAGGAACAACAAAUCGAAUCUGCUACAACAGUCAAAAUUUUCAUUGGACUUACUCAAAGCCUUCCCUAAAACCUUUACUGUCGCUCAAAGAGGUCCAAAUAAAAGAAAAAAACGGGUCCCUAAAUUGAUAUUAUUGCAAAAUCCCUUUAGAUGGCUGAUGACAAAAAUCGAUUUUAGUGUGUUAAGAAGUGUAUGGGACCCAUCAUUUACUGAAAAAGAAUUUAAAUUUGGUACUAAACAGGCUAUAUCAAGAGUUACUCAAGUGAUAAGCGACGGCAAGUACGAGCAACUGAACGGUCUACUCACGAAGCCUGCUCGUUUAAGUCUGCUUAGGGAAUUGGAGCGGAACUGGAACAAUCGGCACCGCGCACUGUUGGCACUCAAACACGAAGACAUACAAAUAUCUUCGCCAAGGAAAGUGUACUUCAUACGGAUUGCCGAUAAAAAGUUCUGCGACGUCGACAUGUCUUUCCUUGCGCUUAAAUGGACACCUAUAAACGCCGUGGACUCGUUGAUAUUUACGGAGAUUUUCGCGAGAUUUCACCGCGAAUACACACCUCAUUGCAUUCCGGAGUGGACCAUAGCAUAUUUUAAAAUAACACGAUUCGAAGUUCUGCGACGAUAGAUAUUGAAUUCAACGCAAAGACAAGUCAAACAUUUUUAAUAACAAUUAAAAUCGAAAUCGUAACAAUAAAAAUGUAACGUAUAAAACGUGUAAAGAUACAAAA